AUGAUGUCGAGCAAGGUUGCUUCAAUUGUUAUUUAUUCUAUUUUGGUUACUGUAGUAUCUGCUCAGGUUUGGUGUUAUUAUGGUAAGCAUAAUUUUCAGCUAAAUAAUGAAGACAUGUUUUAUUUCAGGUACAUCUCAACAAACUGGCAACCAAAUCAUCCAACAGGUCACUCCAGUACAAUGCCCUGGAUCUUACUGUCUGAAGUAAGCGAUUAUAUUAUUAUUCAUCUUCUCAUUCCAACGAUUUGCAGAAACUAUCAGAAGAACUACAACUACAAUAACUACCAAACUAAUAGUUAUGGAUGUGCAAAUGGAAUAUGCUCUAGAAGUGGAUGCAGUGAGGAUAGCCAUGGGUUAGGAUCGUGUUGUUGCCGUGGAAACUACUGCAACUCUGGAUUCAAUCUUUCGAAGACUGCAGUCUCUUCGAUGGUCGUCACUAUAGUAUCGGUGGUUUACAUGUACUUGUAA